AUGGAGACCUUCAUACGGAAGCAAAUUGGGUUCAUAUGCACUCAGGCUAUACUUGCUCUGCUUAUCACCAUCCACUGGACCACCGCCAAGAACCCUAGAGAUGACUUUUGCCGAAGAUUUGCUUACCAAACAACGGUCAUUGACGAUAAGCUUUACAUCGACGGGGGAUGGGUCAACUUUGAUGACUUCCAGCAAACUCACGAGAACUACUCCAAUACCUGGCUCGCAUACCACGACCUCAACAACCUCGUCGAACGCGGUGGUGAUCUUUGGCCAGACCUGAAUAUCAGCCUAAGCAAGAAAGACAGUAUCCAGAGCGUACACGGCAGUAUUCUCUGGGGCGACAGCGUCAACAAGCGAUUCUACCUCUACGCCGGCGAAUGGAACAACGGUUUCUCACAAGAGCCCUAUACUCUUCUGAGCUACGAUAUCAUCUACGACAAAUGGGGCGACUUUGGAGCGCCUGAUAUAACCCCUCCACCGAAGGUCGCCUCGUAUGGCGCUGGUGUCGGCGUUUCGGAGACUGGCAUGGGCUACUACCUUGGAGGAUGGAUAAGCAAUGCCUCGAUGAGCGGAUGGACUGGUGACCGAACCAUGAGCUCUAACUUUUACACGUACUCGUACGACUCGGGAAAGUUUACGCAGGCGGCUAGUCUCAGCAAACAGCCCAGAGCUGAAGGCGGCAUGGUCUGGAUACCUGCCGGCGACACUCUCGGCCUACUUGUGUAUCUGGGAGGCAUUGUUGACCCUUACGGUAACAACACGGAAGCUCCCCAGCCAUUCGAUAAAGUCUUCGUCUUUGAUGCCAAGGGAAACUCUUGGUCAACCCAGAAGACGACUGAGGAGAUACCCCAGAACAGGCGUCAGUUCUGCGUCGAUGUGGCGUGGGCACCAGACAAGUCUUCCUUCAACAUCUAUCUCUGGGGAGGAUUGAGCGUUCAACCACCCGUUGUCAAUGCAACCUCAUUCAACGACAUCUACAUCCUGACCCUCCCCUCGUUCAUCUGGGUGAAAGCUUACCCUGACCAUCACGGAAACGUGACCCUCCCACCAGAGUAUGACCACUACAGCGCAUCAUGCAACAUGGUCAAACACAUGUCGCAGCUCUUUGUCAUCGGAGGCACCUACACCGACACAAACGCCUGCGAUCUAGCGUAUGAUGCUUGGUCAAUGCACAACUUCUGGACUGGAACGAACAACAACGCUGGGAAUAAUGAGACGUACUGGGCUAUCUACAACCCUAACAUUACGGAGAACGUCGUGCCCGUCGAUGUGUACAACGUCACUGGUGGAAACAAGAGAGGCGGUGCGAAAUUGGUGGCCCCCAGACCUCAGACUCACGUCUCACCUUCAGCUCAUACCGGCAUCAAAUGGCAAUUCAACACUGCUCUGUAUGCAGUACCUCGCUGGGAAAGACACCAUGAUGACCACUUCAACGACUAG